GCGGAAAAGAGUUCAGAGGUAGCUUAGUGGAUGAGUGGAAUGAUUUUGGAUAUGUUGACACUUGUGUGGAAGCAUGAUGAAGGUUUUGGAAAGAAACGUGAUGCGACUGGCAGUCGUACAACACAUUCGUGCUACAUACAAUAUCAAGACAAAGAACUGGAACAAAAACAAAGCGAACAGCAAACUGUCAACAAGCCAGUCGGUGAAAGUAUUUGGGGUGGCACUCGAAAGUCUGCCCCAUUGUCCCCUUCUUGAUUAUGGUAGUGUCCCAAGCUUUCUUGUGGACGCCUGCACAUAUCUGCUGGAGCAUGCAAACACAGAGGGUUUGUUCAGAAAGUCUGGCUCCAUUCUUCGCCUGAAGGCUCUUCGAGCUAAGCUGGAUCAGGGUGAGGAGUGUCUGUCGUCUGCGCUCCCUGUGGAUGUGGCAGCGCUGCUGAAGCAGUUCUUCAGAGAGUUGCCAGAGCCUGUGCUGUCCAUGGAGUUGCACGCAGCCCUCCUCAAGGCCCAGGAGCUGUCCACGGAGGAGGAGAGGACCUCAGCCACAAUGCUGCUGUCCUGCGUGCUGCCUGAGCGAAACUUGAACACCCUGCGGUACUUCUUCAGCUUCCUCCAGAGUGUGUCUCAGAGGAGUGCCGAGAACAAAAUGGACAGCAGUAAUCUGUCUGUGAUCUUCGCCCCUAACCUCCUGCACUUUGCAGAGGGUGCGGAGAAGAUGAACGCUGGAACUGAGAGGAAGCUCAAGCUGCAGGCUGCUGUGGUGCACUGCUUCAUACAGAAUGCACGCAACUUCGGUGUUGUUCCCCAGUUCCUCCAGGAGAAGGUUCCAGCCAUGCUGGGCUGUGGGGCAAGUCUCUUCUCUCCGCCUCUGGACCAUGCGGAGGAGCACGCUGCCAGCUCAGGCCUGAGGAGGAGCCACAGGCGCAGCCUGGGAGAUUUGGUAAAUGGAGCACUGAAUAAGUUAUUAGUUAAUAGAACCCCUACAAACACCCCCAAGUCUGAAGGAGCUGUAUUUUCAUCGGCGACCCCAGUAAUCAUGACGCCCAACACCAAGCGCAAGCUUCCACUGGACUCGGGCCAUAACCACGAGUCCUCCAACAAGAAGCGCAGAUCCAUCAAGAAGAACCUGGGCAUUGAGCUCCUCCCACAUGUGCUGUUUGGCGCUGGGUCCACCCCUGGAUCAGUGCACAGCGCCUCAGGUGUUUCUCCUUCAGUGGUGUCUACAGGCAGGACCAGCAGGCUCACGGCAAGCUCUGCCCGUAGGAAGAGCAAGAGGCUGAGCUACAGAACCCACCAGAUCAACAGGCAUGAGUCAGGCAAGACUGGUUGCUUCUCUCCCAGAGUUCCCAAGAAGGAGGCAGCCAUGAAGUCUCUGCGUAUGCGUUUCAGCUUGGGCAAAGGCAUCAAAGACACUACGCUUGGGUCACAGGCUCUUGGAGCAGCAAAGGGAUCUGAGACCAUUGGCUGGCGCCUCGCCACCCAGGACAGCACCACCAGUUUUCACUUCUCCAAAGAGCCUGAUAGUAGCCCUGCUGUUGUUUUGCGCAACAAGCAUGCAUGUAAAGCCACCAAAAACAUCAGCAAAUCGGAGGACAACCUGCUGUCUCCCCAGCAAGGCCCUGAGGACCUCCAUACCUCCUGGAGCGGCGAGACACCUGAUGGGGCCCCACCUUACCUGCAUGACUCCUUCGCCGACACCCCCAUGAACGUGUGCCUUAAGAACAACUACUUCUCUGAGCCAGCUAUCGUCACCGCUGCCAAGCCCCCUACUGUCUGCAGCCUUCCCAAGACCCUCUGCUGCGCAACCAGCGUUGAGAGCCUGGACAGCGCCUGUUCCAUCGCUGAGGAGAGUGCCCCGACCCGCCCCACCCUGCUGAAGAUCAAGAGGGCCUUUGGCGAGUCUGGAAGUGACCUCCAUGCUGUAGUGAAGGAGCACAGCACCCCAUGUGGAUGGGAGGAGGCAGGACGACAGGAGAGGAGCCAUGUUAGUGAGGCCGACGCCUCUGUGCCAAAUGAUGGUGACGAGACACCGAAGAGUGAAUGCUGCUCGGGUGUCCGAUCCCCUGCACAUAAGUGUGUAUUGGGCGAGCAAAAUAUCACCUUUGGACAAAUCGAGAUUGUUCCCCUGUCCCCUCUGCACAUAGACAGUGCCUUGUUUGAGUACAGUGGGUGGGACGGGAAAGAGCAGUGCAGGGGGUCCCUGGACAUAUCCACUCGUGCCGUCUGUGGCAGUUGCGACACUCUAGAUCCGGAUGAGACGCCAGACACGGUCAACUGCAGCCAGUUGGUUGAUGCGCUGGACAUUCAGAGUCCUGUGGUGUUCAGGCUGAACUCUGUGGGCUGCCAGUCUACUCCACACCAAGCCCAGUCAGAGGUGUUUAAAAAACCAUCACUGCCGCAGGGCCAGACCAGUGGAGGGACUAAGCCACGGCAAGACACUGUUGAACCAGAAAGUGAACCUUCACUAACGGCUCAGCAGGUCAAGGAUGCUCAGACCAUAAAGGUCCAGGACCAGAUCCAAAAGUUUAACAUGCUCACCCUUAAAUCACCCCAGGCUAAGAGGGUCCGAUCACCCCUCAAGUUCCAGAGGACUCCAGUACGCCAUUCUGUUAGGAGGAUCAAUUCUCUCCUGGAAACCUCCCGAAAACCAGGGGCCCAAUCAGACCUUCUCACGAAGCCCGGACCUAUGCUGAAGACCACGAGCCUGGACGCUGGUCUUUCCGUUGCAACUCCGCUUCAGCCCAUCCCUGCAGAUCCUUUCCAGCCGGACGCAUUGGUCACUAAGGUGCCUUCCUUCUCCAAAACCAGGCCCCCAGUCCCCCCCAAGAGGGUCUCUAUCCGUAACCCCUCCAGGAUCUCUGCUCUGGGGGACGUGACUAAUAAGGUGCCACAAAGGGUGAAAGAUGACAUCCCACUAGCCAAUAAGAGUGAAUCCUCCGAGCUCCCUCAGAAGUCAGCAGCACAGCAGUUGGCCAAGAGGGAGACUACUCAUUACCGGGGCUCCCCUAGGAACCCACUGAAUGGCGGCAGGCUCCUGUCCGCCACUAAACCCAUAGACCUUUGAGCCAUUCCCACUGCUGAUGAGCCUUGAGCCCUGACAGGACCUUGAAACUGUUUGUGACUUGAUUUCUGAACCAUUCCUUAUGUUACUCCUUAUGCUUAUUGUUUUUUUCAGGGGAUCUUAAUUUAUUUUUUUAUCAUCCUUAUCUUUGUAGAGCAGCUUGAGUUUUUUGUUAUGGUUGAAUGUGGUUGAAGUCUGAGGACUUAAGGCUGUUGUUGAAGGUAGACUUUAGUAGAGCUUGUAUGCUGAGUAGUGUAAAGUGUCCUGAGAAGUGUGUUGGAAGUGUUGUGGUUUGAAAGUUGAUGUGUUUUUUUUCUUUACAUGUUUUUUUUGUUGGAUUUGUUUUAAUUUAUCUCUUAUGUCUGGCAAAAUCUUUGAGUCUUCUAAGAAGAUGAAGAUGUAACUGCAACGGUGAAAUUAUGAACAAGUGUUGUCAAACAGUAUUAGUUCUUCUUAAGUCUGCUUCCAAUUUGCUGUCCCAAAUUUCAAUUGCGAAAAAAAUAUUGUUAUCUGAAACUGAAGGGGUAAUUGUGACUGAUUUGUAAAAUUGAUAUUUAACAUUUUUAUUGGCAUAUAAAUAUUAUCCAAGAUCCAA